CGGCAGGCUCUGCGGACAGGCUCCGCCCACCGCCGCGCUUUUGGGCGGCGGGGAUUGGACGGAGAGGAGAACCCGGAAGCGUUGCCAUGGCGGCGGUGGCGGACCUAUUGGGCGGCCUGGUCUCGGUGCUGGAGACCUACCGGGGCAGAGACCGAGUGAUACGGACCCUCUGCUAUGGCUGCCAGUUGGCUGGGGGGACCCUUACCUGGAGAAACCCCACAGAGUCACCGCUGGGACGCAGCCUUCUGGCCACCUCGGCCCAGCUCAGCCAUUGCCGGACUGUCCUGCGCCUCUUUGAUGACCUGGCGAUGCUGGCUUACAGCCGCCAGUAUGGGCUGGGGCCUAAGGAGGAGGACGUGGCGGUGCGCGGGCUCUCUGUCCUCAGCAACCUGGCUGACCAGCUCUACUACCCCUGCGAGCACGUGGCCUGGGCUGCCGAUGCCGGGAUUGUCCGUGCCGACUCCAGCAAGUGGUGGGCGCUCAGCACCGCCCUCUGGGGGGCCUCUCUGCUCCUGGGGGCUGCUCGCUCGCUGAGGAUUUUGGCCCAGCUAAGAAGCAAGCUGCGGAGACAGCCCAGCGACACCUCCCAGCUGAGCUGCAAGAAACUGAGGGCCCAAGCCAAGACCGAAGCGUUGACCCUCCUCAGCAACCUGGCCGACCUCUGCAAUGCCAUCCAUUGGCUACCGCCAGGAGUGCUGUGGGCCGGGACGUUCCCUCCGUGGCUCGUGGGCUUCAUGGGGACCAUCUCUUCCCUCAUUGGGGUCUACCUCACCUAUGCCGGGGACAGCGCUGGGGCAGUGUGAGAGCGGGCAGGAAAGGUGCCCCACCAGGCCGCUUGGGAGGAAGUUCAGACACGAAUCUCCGGGGAGGUGGGCGGUUCUGAACUGCAGGCCUGCUGCUCCCAGGCUGGGUGUCGCCCAAACCCUUGCCUGUGGCACCAUCAGCAGGGAAGGGGACUUUUUGCUGCUACUGGACACUUUCCUCCUCUGGGCUGGAGGCUGGGCGGGUCUCCUUGGGAGAGCCAUGCAGGGGGGCCCUUGGGCGGAGCAAGGCAGCAAGCUGUACCUGCCGCUUCUCCAGUGUGUAAUGAAUCCGAGCCAAUUAUUAAAAACCAGCCAGUUCCACAAA